AUGAAUCCAUGUAGAUGCGAUCGCCAACCCGCCCCGAAUGGUGAUUACAGCCGGGGUCGGGCGGUGACUCUGCAGACCGACGGAAAGGGCACCGAGAGGGGAGCGAUCGCACAAUCACACUCAAGGUCGCACACUUCUGAUCACCUCUGCUUCUGUGAGGUGAUCAUGGUGAGGUUGUGUCUGGAGGCGCGAGACCCGUACUGUGGCUGGGACUUCAGGCAGAGACGCUGCACCACUCUGGAGGACAGCUCCAACAUGAGCCAAUGGAAGCAGAACAUCUCUGUCUGUCCGCUGCGAAACCAGACGACCAACGGCGGCUUUGGAGAGUGGGCGCCGUGGCAACCAUGCAACAACGACGACGGCGUGGAGGGCGUGACUUCCUGUCUGUGUCGCUCCAGGUCAUGUGACAGCCCCACCCCUCGCUGUGGGGGGCGGAGCUGCGAGGGCGCCACCAUCGAGGUCUCCAACUGCUCCAGGAACGGCGGCUGGACUCCCUGGUCGUCAUGGGGACAGUGCAGUACGACGUGUGGUACCGGUUUCGAGCUCAGACAGCGAUCGUGCAACAACCCGUCACCGCGACACGGAGGACGAGUCUGUGUGGGACCGAGCCGAGACGAGAGGUUCUGUAACGAGGGCGUGGCGUGUCCUCAGCCCAUCUUCUGGUCUCCGUGGGGCUCGUGGACAAAGUGCAGCUCAGAAUGUGGAGGAGGCGUUCACUCCAGAGUCCGCAGCUGUGAGAACGGAAACACCUGUCCUGGAUGUGCCCUGGAGUACAAAGCCUGUAACCUGGAGGCGUGUCCGGAGGUGAAGCGGAACACGCCGUGGACGCCGUGGAUGCCGGUGAACGUGACCCAGGGCGGGGCGCGGCAGGAGCAGAGGGUCCGCUACAUGUGCAGGGCCCACCUCAGCGACCCGCACGAGCUGCAGAUCGGGAGGAGGAAACUGGAGACUCGCUUCUGCCCCAACGACGGGACGGCCACCUGCGAGACCGACACUCUGGUGGAGGAGCUGCUGAAAGCCCCGGUGGUGCGUGUUGCUGGUAACAUCUGGACCUCCUGGGACUCCUGGUCCUCCUGCACACAGAGCUGCAGCAGAGGGUACCGCACCAGGAGACGCAGCUGCAGCGGAGCCGAGGGGAAGAGCGCCCCCGCAGGCUGCAGGGGGUCACCGGUGGAGUACCAGGACUGCAACGUCCAGGCCUGUCCAGUGAAAGGCUCGUGGUCAUGCUGGUCCUCCUGGUCUCCGUGCUCCGUGGGCUGUGGAGGAGGACACUACCAGAGGACGCGCUCCUGCAACAGCCCCACACCGUCCAACGGAGGAGACAUCUGCAUCGGUCUGCACACCGAGGAGGCGCUGUGCAACACACACACCUGCGACGGUGGCUGGAUGGCCUGGUCUCUCUGGUCGGCCUGUGAUGACUCCGGUCUGCAGAUGAGGAGCAGGACUUGUGGAUCUCAGAACGGAACCCCGUGUGUCGGUAACAGCACCCAGAAGAGAGACUGCAACGAGAUCCCAGUCAUUCUCCCCGCUUCAGGCUUUGAUAAGGAUCAGCAGUGCGGAGCCUUCACCUCCAUCCACCUCAUCGCCACGGGGGUCUCCUGCUUCCUGGGGGCGGGGCUUCUCUCCUUCCUGGUUUACGUUUACUGUCAGCGCGUCCACAAGCCGUCACAGGAGUCUGCGGUGAUCCACCCCACCACCCCCAACCACCUCAACUACAAGGGCAACACCACCCCCAAGAACGAGAAGUACACCCCCAUGGAAUUCAAGACGCUGAACAAAAACAACCUGUUACCAGACGAGCGCUCCAACUUCUACCCCACGCCGCUACAGCAAACCAACGUCUACACCACCACUUACUACCCCACCGCGCUCGGCAAGUUCGACUACCAACCCAACUCCUCGCCUUCCCCCUGCCGGACCUACAACCACAGCAACAACAGCAACAGCAAAGACAGCUGA